GAACGGUUCUCCUUUUUCUUUCCACAAGAAAAAGGUUCGGUUAGCAUGCUUAGAGUGGAUCUUUACAAAAUUGAACAAACAAUGAUCAGGCAGAUAAGGUGUAAAAUCACCCGUCUUCUUUCAAUGGGAAACAUGUCUUUUCAUCGUGGGGAGAAUGUUGUCUCUUUUGCUUCUAUUCCUUAUUCCCUGAGUUAACUCGUUUCAUUUCUUGAUGGGUCCAUUUCUGUUAACUUAAAAUCUGUGCAUGUGGGUGCUCUGUUUCUGAAAAAGCCACUUUCUUUCUUUGUUUAUAUAUAUACACAUACACACACCAUAUGAGAUAAAAGAUCCUCUUAUGAUCCCACAUUGAAGUGCCUAAAAUCUCGUGCGACCAAAAAAGGUAAAGAAUCAUGGGUUUUGUCUCUUGAUUCUUAAUUUCAAGUGGCUGCUGAUUAUACCUUUGAUUUUGUUGUUAAAAAUACAUUUUUUACGCAUUUCAACUUAUACCCAUAUACUGAUAAAUGUUAACCUGAACAAAAGUGGUAAAGAUUCAUGGGUUUUGUUUCUUGAUUCUUGAUUUCAAGUGGGUGGUGAUUACACCUUUGAUUUUGUUGCUAAAAAUAUGUUUUUUUUACUUAUUUCAACUGAUACCCAUAUGCUGUUUGUCUACUGAUAACUAAGUUGCAAUUUGAUUUCUUUAAUGUUAUAACCUGAACAAAAAAAGGUAAAGAAUCAUGGGUUUUGUUUCUUGAUUCUUGAUUUCAAGUGGGUAGUGAUUAUAACUGUUAUUUUGUUGUUAAAAAUAUGUUUUUUAGUUAUUUGAACUGAUACCCAGAUGCUGUUUGUCUACUGAUAACUAAGUUGCAGUUUGAUUUCUUUAAUAAUGUUAACCUGAAAGUUGAAACUUUUUAAAUUCUAAAUUUGGUUGAGUCUGAUUUGAGCUUGUGGGGUGUCUUUGUUUCUCUCUCUACUGGUGUGUUGUAGAGAGAGAAGGAAUAAAUUAGUGUGGAGGAGUGUGUGUUACUGUUGGUUUUGUCUCCUGUGCUGACCGGACUCCGUGGGAUUUGCCGCUUAACCAGGUUACACCGUCUCUAUUCCUCUUCAUCUACAAGUUAUUAGCAUCAUUUGCUUCUCUUUCUCUCUCUCUCUCUCUCUAGACUUUUAUCUCUCUCACAUAGUGGUGUCAAGAUUCUCUUUGAACAAGUAUAAAUUCAUAACCUUUUCUGCAUAUUUAUUUCUUUUUCUUUCCUUGAAGCAAACCCCAUAAUCUUUUCAUCAUACCCUUAAGUUUAAAGUUAGUUUUGUAUCAAUCUUUAGGGCUUUGGGAUGCACUAAUAAGGUUGAUUAGAUUAACUAGGAGUUUAGAAGGUGUUGAAGAUGAAGUUCAUGAAACUUGGAUCCAAACCUGAUACAUUCAAGACUGAUGGCAACAAUGUCUGGUUUGUACCAUCUGAUUUGGCAGCUGACGUCAUCAUCAAUGUAGGAGAUUCAAAGUUCUAUCUACACAAGUUCCCGCUUUUAUCUAAAAGUGGUCGGUUACAGAAGUUGGUUGGAAGCGCAGACGAAGAGAUCGACAUUCAUGAAAUCCCGGGUGGUUCAUCAGCGUUUGAGAUAUGUGCCAAGUUCUGUUACGGUAUGACAGUAACCUUAAACGCGCACAAUGUUGUCUCUGUAUACUGUGCUGCAGAUUAUCUUGAAAUGCACGAAACCGUCGAUAAAGGAAAUCUUGUUUACAAACUCAGCGUGUUUAUGAACUCGAGUAUCUUCAGAAGCUGGAAAGAUUCGAUUAUUGUUCUUCAAACUACCAGAUACAUGUCGUCGUCGUCAUCCGAAGCACCAAAGCUAGUCAAUCUUUGCAUAAACUCUAUAGCUUCAAAAGCCUCGGUUGAUGUCUCGAAAGUUGACUGGUCGUAUACUUACAAUCGUGGAAAGCUUCCGGAAGAAAUAGAACCCGUAGUAAGUGAGUUAAAUAACGGGAUUAGAAGCCGAAUGGUUCCAAAAGAUUGGUGGGUUGAGGAUUUAGCUGAGCUGGAAAUGGGUUUAUACAAACAAGUUCUUGUGAGUAUUAAAAGUAAAGGUUUGGUAGGUAAUGAGGUUAUCGGUGAAGCUUUAAAGGCGUUCGCUUUACGAAGAUUGCCUGGUUUUAAGAGAAGUAUUGUACACAGUGGUGAUGUUUCGAAAGCUAGAUCUGUAGUCGACAUUAUUGCGCGAUUGUUGCCGUUGGAGAAAGGUUGCGUUUCGUGUGAUUUCUUGCUAAAGUUGUUGAAAAUGGCGGUUUUGGUGGACUCGGGAGAAACGGUGAGAAGGGAGUUGGUCAAACGAAUCAGUCAACAAUUGGAAGAGGCUACGGUGCAAGAUCUUUUGAUUCGAGUUAACAAAGGUGAUGGUGAGCCAGAGCGUUUGAUGUAUGAUGUCGAUAUAGUUCGUGAGAUAGUGAAGGAGUUUGUAGAUCAAGAUCAGAUCAGUGAGUUUGGAGAUGAAGAUCGUGAGAUUCAAGAAACAGGAAGAACCGGUGGAGGGAUUUUAUCGGAAGCUUCGAAGUUAAUGGUGGCUAAAUUGGUUGAUGGUUACUUAACUGAAAUAUCCAAAGAUCCAAAUCUACCUUUAGGAAUGUUUGUCGAUCUUGCGGAGAUGGUGUCGGGUUUCCCUCGACCCUCUCACGAUGGGCUGUAUCGCGCCAUUGAUAUGUAUCUUAAGGCACAUCUCGCGAUUACCAAGAGUGAAAGAAAGAGAAUAUGCAGACUUAUGGACUGCAAGAAGCUAUCGGUGGAUGCAUGCGCACACGCGGUUCAAAACGAGCGGCUUCCUAUGCGCGUUGUGGUGCAAGUUCUCUUCUUUGAGCAAGCCAGAGCCGCCACUUCUUCCGGCAGCAGCACUCCUGAUCUUCCCAAAUCAAUCAAAGCUCUAAACGUCUCUAACGGAAAACCUGCAACGGGUCCUGAAGAUGAGUGGGAUGGUGUUGCGACAGUCGAGGAACUCAAGGCGUUGAAGGAGGAAUUGGCGGCUUUGAGAAUGCAGAAUCCCGGUCCGAAGAGCACUGUGUCGGAUAAGGCUUCGGUUCCUAGAGUCAAAGGGCUACUUUCUACUAAGAAAAUAUUCUCGAAGAUUUGGUCGAGUAAAGGUGGCACUAGAGAGAACAGUGGUUCAGAUUCAUCCGAGAGUCUCGGUUCUGCUCAUCCUGACGAAGGCAAGUCAACCCCGUCACGAAAAGGAAGAUAUUCGGUCUCUUAAACGUUUCAUCAAACGAAUGCGUGCCUUCUAUAGUUCUAAGCAGAAAGAAGAAUAAGAAGUUCAUUAUUAUCAAAUUAUGUAAUCAAUUAGGCAUAUGAUGAAUGAUCCUUUAAAUCAUAAUCAAAUCUUAAUCAUGUGAUCUGCUGGUUUAAAACUUAUUCUUUCUA